AUGUCGAUAUUCAAAGUUGAAGGCUGGGAUCUUCCUCAGACAAUUGCCGUUGCGACUUCUAAGGAUAAGCAACGCCGAGAUCAGAAAAAAAAGGACAAAGAGCAAUAUGAGCUUUUGAAGAAGCUGAACCAGACUGAAGAAAAGGAAGAAGAAACUCCAACUGAUGAGCCCGUGCAACCUGAAAAGAAGCGAAAGGCGUCUGUUGACGAGGAUGGAUUUACACAGGUGAAAUCUAAAAAGCAAAAGAAAAACAAAAAGACUGAGGUUAAGGAAGAAGCCCAAAAGCCAGAGGAGGCACUGGUAAAUGAGGAAAAGAAAAACAAGGCUACUAAGGAGGCUGCCGAGGCUAAGGAAGAGGCACCGGUGAAGAAGGAAAAGAAAGACAAGAAGAAGAAAAACAAGGCUACUGAGGAACCCACUAAAGCUAAGGAGGAAUCUACUACCCCUGCGACUACUGUUACGGCUCCGCUUAAGAUGAAACUCACACCUCUUCAACAAAAGAUGCUUGAUAAGCUAUCUGGGUCGCGGUUCCGAUGGAUCAACGAGCAGCUGUAUACCACGACAUCUGAGGAGGCUGUUAAGAUUAUUAAAGAACAGCCGUCCAUGUUUGACGAAUACCAUGCUGGGUUCCGAAGUCAGGUUCAGUCAUGGCCACAGAACCCUGUGAAUGAGUUUGUGAAGCAAGUGAUUUGGCGGAUGCAGAAGCCAAUUGGUGCUCCUGGAGGAAUGCCUGGUGAGAGGGAUGGAACAAUUACAGUUGCAGAUAUGGGGUGUGGUGAAGCGAAUUUGGCUCUGGAGCUUGCCAAAUACCAAAGCGAAGCUGAGAGGGAGGAAAAGAAGCGGCUACGAACCAAGAAGUUUGCCAAACCAGGGAAGCUACCCAAGUUUGUUGUUCACAGUUUUGAUUUAAAAAAGGCAAACGAGCGUAUCACAGUUGCUGAUAUCAAGAAUGUGCCACUGGAGGAUGAGAGUGUGAACGUUGUUGUUUUUUGUUUGGCAUUGAUGGGGACCAACUUUUUAGACUUUAUCAAGGAGGGUUUAAGAAUUUUGAAGCCUAAUGGAGAGAUUUGGAUUGCUGAGAUUAAGUCUCGGUUUGCAGACAAUGAUACCAAGGAGUUUGUUUCGAUUCUCAAGAGUCUUGGAUUGUUCCACAAGAGCACGGAUGACUCCAAUAAGAUGUUUGUACGAUUUGAGUUUUUCAAGCCCAACAGACAGUAUUUGCAAGAGCGAGAGGAGAAGGAGAAACGGUUAAAGUCGAAGCGCCGGACGUUUGAGGAAGCAGAUGAGGAGGACGAGACACUUGCCGAGCGCCGAUCUAAAGCGCCAGAAGGCAAGUGGUUGCUUAAGCCGUGUCUGUACAAGCGUCGGUAG